AGUUCUCUAGCGGAGCUUCCUUUGAAGAACUACUACAGAUAUGUCGUUCCAACAAUGGAUGACUUCAGCAGUAUUGAUCACACAGUCCAUGGUCCCAAAGCAUUUUUCGCAAACAUGCUACUAUCUAAGACACUCACCAUGAAUCUUGAUGUUCCUGAACCGUGGCUUGUGCAGCCUCUAGUUGCCGU